GCCCAGCGUGAGGGAGAAGAGGCUUCCAACAACAGCCAGACGCUCUUUCUCUGGUAAAAAUCGCCUCUCCGUGCAAAGCCGUUCUCGCCCUCGCUGCCUGUCCUCCUUGUCCUGCUUUCCUUUUGCCGGCAAACAGUGUCAGCGGAUUUUGGGGAGGGAGCUGACCGCAGCGUGCUCCGAACCCGGACGCGCCCUCUCCCGUUGCCCGGCCAUGGAUCUCUCGCGGAUUUGGCACCUGGCGGUUGUCUUUUGCCUGACUUGUGUGCUGAUCAAAGCCAUCCAGCUGCAUCGCCGAAGGCAGGAGCUGCUGAAAGCUCUGAGCACUUUCCCUGGGCCCCCCACACACUGGCUGUACGGCCAUAUAUCUGAGCUUUUACCCAUAUCGACAGUUUUGAAGAAGAUGGAGAGCUGGAGCCAUCUGUAUCCAUUUGCACUUCCUAUAUGGUAUGGGAGCUUCACUGCAUGUGUAAUAAUCACACACCCUGAUUAUGCAAAACCAUUACUUGCUAGAGCAGAACCAAAGGACAAUUUUGCUUAUCGAAACAUAAUUCCAUGGAUUGGGAAAGGCUUGCUGGUGCUACAUGGACCCAAGUGGUCACAGCAUCGAAAGCUGCUGACUCCAGGUUUCCACUAUACCAUUUUGAAACCAUAUGUAACACUGAUUGCAGAGUGUACAAAAGUGAUGUUGGAUAAAUGGGAACAGCUGAUCACACAGGAUAAAUCAGUGGAGCUCUUUGAACAUGUGAGCUUGAUGACGCUUGACAGCAUCAUGAAAUGCGCCUUCAGUUAUAACAGCAACUGUCAAAUGGACAGGGAGAAUUCCUAUGUCAAAGCUGUAUUUGAACUUUGCUACUUGACUCAUGCCAGAAUGGUCAACAUCCUGUACCACAACGAUCUGAUUUACAGGUUCAGCCCCCAAGGACGUCGGUUUCGGAAGGCUUGCCAAGUUACCCACCUUCAUACAGAAAUGAUAGUCAAGGAGAGAAAGAAAUCUCUGGGGGAUAAGGAAGAACUCCAGAAGAUCCAGGAGAAGAGACACCUAGAUUUUCUUGACAUCCUUCUCUCUGCCAAAGAUGAAAAUGGCAUUGGUCUGUCUGAUGAAGAUUUGCGUGCUGAGGUGGACACUUUCAUGUUUGAAGGUCAUGAUACCACAGCCAGUGGGAUCUCCUGGCUGCUAUAUUGCCUUGCACAGAACAAAGAGCAUCAGCAGAGAUGCAGGGAAGAGAUUAAAGCUAUUUUGGGGGACCGUGGUACCAUUCAAUGGGAUGAUCUCAGCAAGAUGACCUACUGCACAUUAUGCAUUAAAGAGAGCCUCCGUCUUUAUUCUCCAGUACCAGGAGUGGCCCGACAGCUCAGCAAACCUAUUACGUUUUUUGACGGACGGACUUUACCUGAAGGCUCUUGGGUUGCAGUAAGCAUUCAUCUCAUCCACAGGAACCCCAGCAUAUGGAAUGAUCCAGAGGUGUUUGACCCUCAAAGGUUUACUCCUGAGAACAUAUCCAACAGAAAUUCUCAUGCCUUCCUGCCUUUCGCUGCUGGGCCAAGGAACUGCAUUGGACAACAGUUUGCUAUGAAUGAGAUGAAAGUUGCCCUUGCCUUGACUUUACUUCGAUUUGAACUUUUGCCUGAUCUUUCUAAGCCUCCACCUGUUCCCAUUCCUCAGAUUGUCCUGCAUUCUGACAACGGAAUACACCUUUGCUUGAAGAAAAUAGUGUGAAGCUGAAACUGCAGAUUUGUGAUGUGCAGCUAUUCCAUCUUUCUCUUCUUCAGGGUUUCUUUUCCUAGUAAUAAAAAAGACAGAAGAAGACUCGGAAAACAUAAAAGGUUACAAAUGGAAGGCUUCAAUGUCUUGAACCUUUGUGAAAAUGAGGCAGAGUGAUUGCACAAUAAAGACCUUAUC